AGUGAUCGUAUCAAAUUUCUUCGUUUAGACGCACGUGUUUCAGAAAUCUUUCUCUUUCUACUUUUUUUCUGAUUAUACUAAAUAAAUUUGUAUUUAAUAAAACAGGAAAAACGUGGAUUUGUAAGCAGAUUCACUGUUUUAUUAUCACAUGAUAAUAAACAUUCAAUCGAAACGUCACCGAUCUAUACGAUAAUCCGGUCCGAUAACAAUUUUAUAGUUUUAUAUAGAUAUAAUAUACUUAUUUGAUGUCAAAAGCUCUACGCCUCUACACCAGAAUUAACCACUAAGUCCGAGAGGAAGACUCCUGAUAUAACUAUAUUGGCGGGCGGAUAUUUCUAAAAAUCGUUUGCCUGAAGUAUUUAAAGUUUUAAACACUUCACCUCGCCACUGUACCUACAUACUUACCUAUGCGACGACGGGUAGCAGAGGUAGGUAUGCUAAGUGUACGUAUUAUAACUUAACGGUGUCACGGUGGGGGUGAAAGGGAGCGGUAAAACGACGAAGAAGACGACGACGUGGUACGCUGGGCAAGUAUGUGUGCAGGUGAGCUCUGCAGUGCGGCGGGGAAAAUUAACAGAGCGGCUAGCCAACGCGCGUGUUACUCAGUGAGUUUCGCUGGAUAAGACACGGUUUUCCAGUCGCUGUAAUCUGUCGGUGUAAGCUGUACAGCGCUCAUGUGUCAUUGACGAUCAAAAGCACCUUAUAAGACACGGGCCCACCGAUCGCAUGGACGCGGUGAAGCUGGAGGCCAAAUGGCCGCCCGACAGGAAAUCCACCAUCGAAGCAUCCGAGUUUGGUAUCUACAAGGAGCCGUCCGACGGGAAACGCCUGCGCAACACUGACAGGGCCACUGGAUGUCUCCUGGUACUAUCCCUGAUCGCUGCGGCCGCUGUAGUGCUGUACUUCACGUUCUAUGAUUAUACAAUUCCAACAACUCGAGGUGCGUCUACUGGACCAAUUGUAAGUUACGCAAAAUAUGUAAAAGAAAAAAAUACAAUGACUACUCAAAUGGUUAACCGUUCAACAGACGAGUUUCUGACCUCAGUUCUCGGCGUGCAAAGUGCCAAAAACUACACGACACGUGCUUCGGCGGACGAUGUAGAUAUCACCAAGAGGAUUGACGACAGUAAAUUAGGAAACGGUAGGCACAUGCGAUUGUAUCCGCAGCUGGCACCGCAACAUCCGGAGUACUUAUCCUACGAUUCGAAUUAUUGGAGAACUAAUUUAAACAAAAAUAGUAAGCUCGAAUAUGCCGAUGCUAUGUACGGGUUCAAUCGGAGAUCGGACUUUCCACAAUUGGCAGCUUAUCGAGCGCCGUUCCCGCCAAAGAGCAUCUUGGACGUUAUGAAGUAUGUGACUGGGGCCCCUCAUAAGGAAAACUUUCCGGAAUACAUGAUAGCACAAGAAUCCAAACCUCAUCGGUACUAUCCUAUCCGACCGGCGGAAGAAGUCAACAGAUUCCUCCCGGAUGUAAAUACCCCAAGUGCCAAUUUGAGGAGAUUCCGCAACAAAUUUGGUCCACCGGUAUUUUUGACACCACCUAUCAUGUCGUUCCCGGAUGACUUUAUGAAGCCACCCGACCUCGACGCCCGUUAUUCGAUGGAUUUCGAGAGUGACAUUCCUUUAGACCUUACGCUACAAGAAGGGUCAGCUAGUGUACCAUCACAUACCGGCGUAAUAUUCCGUCCACCUUUUAACGACGGUUAUCCUGUACCAGACUCUCCAAAACCAAAAAAAGUUAAAAAUAAAAGAAAAAAAAAGCCGAUAAGCGUAAUGUUAGACAUCUAUCCACUAUCAGACAACGAACACGAAAAUGAACAAGCUGAAGAAGAAGAAGAAGAACAUCAUUCUGAGAUGAUUACUUCGUUAAAAAACAAUGUUCUGCACUCAGAUUCAGAUAAACUAUUGUUUAGUUUAAACUUAUUUCCGAAAUUCAGUGAAGGUGGACGUAGAAUUUCUAAAAACGUAAAGUACGAAGAACAUGAUGAUCAUAAGCCAAUUAUUCAUUUGACAACGCAUAAACCAUUACAAGACAAAGGAGAAAACGAUGAAGAUGAAUAUUCGUCGGGAUCAAAAAAUAUAGCAAAUAUAUCAAAAACACAAUAGUACAACACUCAAGACUUGAACUAUAAUAAUUGCGUUACACAUAAUUAAUACAAAAAUUAUAAUAAUUUAUAAACUAUUAUGAUAAGUCUGUGUAGUUUUAUAAACCAAAAAUAGAUAUUUAAAAAUUAUUUCAUUUAUUAUAACUAUUUAUAAGUAUUCAUUAUUUGAUCCAAAUAGAAAAUUGUUUGAACAAUACAUUUGAUAAGAAAAAAAAAAAAUCUGUAAUAUUAUUAUUCUUUGUAUUAAUUCCUGGAUUACUGUUGGGACAAUCAAAUCAAAAAAACCAUUGAAGUCGUUCAAUCCCGUGUAACCAUCGUAUUAAUAAAAAUACAUAUAAAUUAAAAAUAUUACAAAUAUCACGUAGGUAUAUCAAAUUUAAUUGUAUGAUAGUAAGAACUAUCAUUGAAUUAAAAUUUUCUUUUAAAAUAAUAUAAUAUAAAUCUUUCGAAUCAUUGUACCAGCUGAUCUAUAUGCAGUGGUGAGUAGGUCUUGUGAGCGCCAAUCGCCAAACAAAAGUGACAGAGAACAUUUUUAUACCAUUUCAGUGGCCUUCGUAUUAAAAACACUUAGUAUUUCUAUUUUUGAAGAUGCCAUGCUAAUUCAACGGAGAGAGUGCAUAGCCACACUUAAGAUCUGUGUAAAUAUUUGGUUGGAUUAAUCAUUAUUAUAUGUUUUAUAUAAUAUUAUAAUUAUUCAUACCUGAUAUACAUUAAGGAUAUAAUAAUAUUAUCGGCAUAGAUACUUAUAAAUUUAACUUUAAUACAUAAAUUAAAUCACUAUGAGAAAAUAUACACGCAAUUACUACUAUGAUAUCUAUAUUUAAAUAAUACUUUAAAUUAUUUGUAACACAUUUAAUUGUGAGAAAAAAAUCAAAAUGUUUAUUAUUAUAAUUUUAUGAAUAAGUGUAAGAAAACAUAAUUUUUGUAUUAUUUGAUAUAAUAUAAUUAAAACAGAUGUUAUAUAAAUCCAUUGAUAUAUUGAAUGUUUGUGUAGUAUUAUAAUUUAUAUACAACUUAUAUCUAUGAUUUAUGAAUAUAUUUGAU